AUAAACAGAGAGUCACUGUCGGUCGGUCGUCACAACUAGAAUUGAAUAAAGAAGAAUGCAAGCUAUAGUUUAAAAAUUGAGAUACUUAACUUAAGAAUAAAAAAAAUAUACAUAUCAAUUCAUAAAAUAUAAAUUUAGUGCAAUUUUAAAUACAGAAUAUACAAUAACGGUAAAACGCGAAAUAAUGAAAGCGGAUUAAAUCAGAAUAAAAAAAAAACACAAACAAAGAAAAUAAUUAAAUUUAAAUCUAAAAUAAUUAUUGUAAAACUAGCAUAAUAGAAAAGUGUAAAUAAUUAAGUUAAAUUAAUAGAAAAAAAGAUCUAAAUUACAAAAACCACUUAAGAUGAAUUUAAAAGGCUAUGAAGAUCUAGAUAAAAUAACCGAACAACAAACUGAUUGUAAUGCCAUCGGCAAUAGUGCCAAUGAAGCAGUUUCAGAAAAUUCUAAUGCUCCGCCUUUUCGCCGCUUAAUAUCGAUGUCCGAUCCAAAUAUUUACAAUAACACUGCACAACAUAACGGUUUAAGUUUAAAUACGCGCAUUAAUCUCGGUUCAAUAUGUUUGUUGCGACCCUCUAACAGUUAUUACAACAAUAACGAUGAAACCCAUUUGAUGCCGGCCUCACCGGUACAAUUUUUUAAGAAUUAUCGCAAAGAACGCACUUUACUUUUCACCUUCGUUUUUCUUUAUGUUUGUUUUCUAAUGAUUGGUGCGAUUAGUUUUCAAAUAAUUGAAACACCUGUUGAACUGGCGGAACGCAAUGAACUAACUAUUUUGCGUAAUAAUUUCCUAAUGAAAUAUCCACAAAUAAAUGAUGAUGACUUGGAGGAAUUCCUUAAAGCUGUUAUAACAGCUAAUGAUCGCGGCAUAUCACCACUGCGUAAUGCUACCAACGAAAUGAACUGGAGUUUUGGUCAGGCUUUGUUUUUCUCCAGUACAGUAGUGACAACAAUUGGCUAUGGACAUGUGACACCAUUAAGUCAAACAGGCAAAAUAUUUUGCAUGAUUUAUGCUGCCAUAGGUAUACCACUGACAUUGGUAUUGUUAAGUGCAAUGGUUGAGAAAUUAUUAAUACCAGCCAAUUGGUUGUUGGGCUUACUCAAUUCGAAACUGGGCCACUUGUAUCAACCCUUUAAUAUACGAGUCAUGCACUUGACUAUUGUUGUUAUAAUUGUGGCCGUAUUAUUUUUUGCAAUACCUACUGCUGUUUUCGCCUAUUUGGAACCAUCAUGGGGUGUUCUGGAUGCUUUCUAUUAUUGUUUCAUCUCAUUGACCACCAUUGGUUUGGGCGAUUAUAUACCGGGUGAUGGUGUAUCGAUUGAUAAUCGUUCUCUUUAUAAAAUGCUUAUAACAGCAUAUUUAGUUUUGGGUCUCAUUGCCAUGAUGCUUGUAUUAACUAUUUUCUACGAUAUACCACAAUUAAAUUUGGGACAACUCUUUACCGAAAGUACUAAUGGUGAAACGGAAAAACUACGUCUAUCCGGUAAUAAUACAACAUGUUAUUCAGGACCAACCGGUCUCUAUAUGCCGCAACGUAAUGAAGAUACACGACGUGCUAUUGUUCGCAUACGACCACAUGGUGAUGAUUCACCCAGUCCAGAUGAGGCACCAUCAUCGUCAUCACAAAGUAGAGAUUUACGAAUGCCAUAAAUAAACAAUUGUUAAAUGCCAGCCAUGUCAUAAUGAUAAACAUAUAGACAUUCUAACAUACAUACUUACAUUAAACAAAAAAAAAAAAACAAACAUACAUAUAAAAAG